AUGAGCAAGCGACCCACUCUAGCAAUACUACAGUACAACGCAAUGAAAACCCGGGACAAAGUCAUGGCUGCACUGCUUCAAUACAGAAAAAUCACAAGUUAUGAUGUGCUGGCUACCCAGAAACCAUGGCGGAACCCUUCUGUUCAUAAGUCCCACAUUCCGUCCUUCAAUAUUUGAACUCGCACACCAAGACCACAGGAAGACCCGCGUCUACCUUAGCACACUAGAGCUAAAUUGGGACGAGCAUGAUGAAAUCAUCAUCAUCCAUAACGUAUACAACCCCGUUCCAGACCUCGAACCGGCCAACAGUGCCAUAACGACUUUACAAAGGGUACUAGAUCGAUGGAAGGGCCCGGAACAGAUUACGGUGGGAGAUUAAAACUUGCACCACCCCUAUUGGGGGGGGGAUCGGGGUGCAAAGGUCGGAUUCUGAAGCAGAGGAGAUUCUCCAGACAAUAGAGGAGAACAAGUUGGGCCUUCUGUAUAAACCAGGAACGAUGACAUUCAGGGCCAGAGACACGGAAAUGACCAUAGACCUAUCCCUAGACACUUCGAGACCCCAAGAUAGCCUUAUCCGAUGCAGCCCACGGGAAGACCUAGACCACGAAUCAGAUUACAUCCCCUUGGAAACAAUCCUGGCCAAGCCGACUCGGGACAGAACGGUGCCAGAACGGUGGAACUGGGAACGUACGGAUGAAGACUGACUCUACACUCUAGCCUGACUCUACACUCUAGCCCGCCACCUGCUGCCGAUUAUGACUAGACUGGACACAUAGCGUGACAUUGACA